UGAUGGCAGCAUGGUAGAAGAAAUUAUGGACCAAACACCAACUCCUUCAUCAACCAUAACUGCAGAUUCCUCCCUCUCAUCUCAACCUCAUUCCCCGCAUCUCCCUUCUGCUUCCCCAAACAACAACAAUCAUAUUCUCGAAAUCACCCUCAUUUCUGCUCAAGAUCUAUCUCCAGUCUGUAAAUCCCUUCGUACCUACGCGUUAACUUGGGUCAAUCCCAAUCGUAAACGCACCACCCGUGUUGACAAUCAUGGUCACAAUAACCCCAAUUGGAAUGAUAAGUUCUCUUUUCGUGUAGACGAUGAAUUCCUCAGCUCCGAUUCAUCAGCUAUCCAUGUUGAAAUUUAUACUGUUUCAUGGUUUCGUGAUAUUCUUGUAGGUACCGUAAAAGUUAUUAUCAACAAUCUCGUAAAUCCUUUUGAAAACACCAGCAAUCAGAGUAAGAAAUUUGUAGCUCUUCAAAUUCGUCGACCUUCUGGUAAUCCACAAGGGAUACUCAAUAUGGGUGUUGCCCUAAUUGACAAAUCGAAACGGAGUAUGCCGUUAUUCAGUGAAAUUACACCAUUGUCGUUGGAUCAUAGAGAUAUUUUAGACAGGAAAAUAAAUGAUAUCAAUGCUCAAGAUGAAAUGAUCAAUAAUAACCACAAUCAUACCGAUGAGAAAUUGCAAAUUACCAACAAAAUUCAAAUGUGGCAGCAAUCACAUAACGUAGCUUAUUCCGAGAUCAACAAUAAUGGAGAAUUUCCAAAUCAAGCAGGGUCAAUAAUAAACGGGUCAGAACUGUGCUCUGACAUUGGUCCAUCUGCUUCUAUUGUGGCAGCGGAGACAGCAGCAAAGAAAUUGCAGCCAUCAAAUAGGGAAAAUGAAGACGGAGAGAGUUCUAUAUUGGAGGAGUUGACAGCAGAGGAAGCAUAUGGUAAAGGAUUAGAGGAAACGAAACGAGCAAAAGAGGGACACACACGAAGGAAUACAGACGGAGGAUUGUAUUCAUGUUUUGGAAAUGCAUAUUGUUUCGAGUUCACAAUUGUUUGUGGAGCGGGUAACAAUCAAGGGAAUCGUAGAGUUAAUAGUAGUACUGGCAAGAGCAGAAUGAAAACAAAUUCUGCUUAA